AUGAAAGAGGUCCAAAGAUUGGUGGAGUUAUACAAGGGUGAGGAAUUGAGUAUUACUAUUACAGGCCACAGCCUAGGAGCCUCCUUGGGACUCUUGAGUCCUUACCAAAUUGGAGAAACAUUAUUAGCAUCCAAUAAUUUAGGUGCUAAACAUAAUAUACCUGUGACAGUAUUUUCUUUUGUAGGGCCCAAAGUUGGAAACCUUGAUUUUAAAGAGAGAAUGGAGGAGAUAGGUGUGAAAACUUUGAGAAUAGUGAAUACCCAUGAUGUGAUACCUAAACUUCCUGGCAUCGUUUUGAAUGAAUGGAUGCACAGAAAGCUUUUUAAUGGAGUGAAAGGGGAGAUAUACAGUCAUGUGGGUAAUGAGUUGAGGAUUAGUCACUUGAAUUCUCCUUAUCUUAAACACAAUGUUGAUAUGAGUUGCAGCCAUAAUUUGGAGGCCCAUUUGCAUUUGGUGGAAGGUUUUUGGAGCUCGGUUGUUCCAUUCCGUUCUAAUGCGAAAAGGGAUUAUUCACUUGUUAAUAAGACCUGUAAUUUGCUUAGAGAUGAACUCAGGGUGCCCCCAAAUUGGCUGGUUUUGUCAGAGAAUUCCACUCCUACUCUCAGUCCGAAAUCCAGCUAUAUGAACAGUCUAUCUCUUAGUUAA